AUGAUAUCUGCUCGUGCAGGUCAGCUGCUUCUUAGGGCCCCCCAGCCUGGGGGGCCCCCCACCAUCCUCCCCCGCCGCCUUUUUGCUGUAUUACAGGACCCUUGUAUUUCUCCGUACCCUCAAUCAUCAGAAUCUCAGGGGGGCCCCCGUCAGCAGGCAGCAGCAGGGGGUACAGGGGGGCCCCCCGAGGGGCCCCCAUCGAUGGCUGCACAGGGGGGAGCUGCAGGCUCUGCAGCAGCAGCAGCUGCUGCUGCUGCUGCGUACCCACCAGGGGCCCCCAAACCCCCCUUCGAGGGCCCCAUGGGGGCCCCCCUAACCUCUCCUUAUGAUAUUAACCAGCAGCAACCCCCUUAUUCUACUUUUGCUGCUGCAGAUACACCCCACGGCUCUUACGGGGAUGCUUCAACUGCAGCAGCAGCAGCAGCAGCAGCAGCAGGUACAGCUGAGGGCCCUUAUGGUGCUCCCCCUCUAGGGGGCCCCUUUGGGGGCCCCUAUGGGGCCCCCCCUCCCUUCGGCUACACUGCAUCUGCUUCUGCUUUCCCUGCGUACCCUAUGGGGGCCCCCCCAUACAUUGCAGCUCCUCUGCAAGGAAUAGGGUACUACCCUCCCCCCCCAGCAAUGGGGGCCCCCCCAUACAGUAUGGGGCCCCCAGGGUAUGGUGCUGCAGCACCAGCUGCAUCUGCUGCUGCACCAGCCUGGGUACCUACAUCACCGCAGACAGCAUCAUGGGGCCCCCCCCCUCGUGGGGGCCCCCAAUCGAGUGUCCGUGGCAGUGUACCCUCCUCAACAGACGUUGUAAAGGCCGCGGCAAUGGGCCCCCACGGGGCCCCCCAGGGGCCCCCCCCCCUGGGGGCCCCCCCCCAGGGGGGCCCCCAGGGGGGCCCCCAGGGGCCCCCCAGGGGCCCCCCCCCCUGGGGGCCCCCCCCCAGGGGGGCCCCCAGGGGGGCCCCCAGACAGCGCGAGAAAGACAGAGACAGUUUCUCAGCUCUGCUGUGCUGGCCGAAAUAG